AUGAGAGCUUUUUCUGUUUCCUUUGUACUCGAUGCUCCUCUCGCCCACAGAGACAGCCAGAAUGGAGACAUCGAUCGAGGGGACAAGAGCUUCAGCUGCGGUCAACCCGUGUGGGGCCUUGCCUUCGGACCCAGACCUCCAAAAUCAGCAGCAGUGUCACGCCCCACUAGAAUACCACCAAAAGGGAACAAUAGCCUGCUCCUGGCCACAGGGCUGGAGAACGGGAUGAUCAAAAUCUGGAACGUCUUAUCAGGUGAGGCUGUGUUUAAUCUCUACGGCCAUGAAGGUGUCGUCAGAGAUCUGGUUUUCCCUCAGAACGGGACCCUCACACUCAUAUCAUCUUCCCGGGACAAGACUUUGAGGAUUUGGGAUCUGGCUCACGUAGGUAAGGUGCAGGUGCUCUCCGGCCAUAAAGACUGGAUCAGCUGCUGCAGCGUGUCAUCGGACUGCAGCAUGAUCGCCUCUGUCGGCAGAUUUGACAGAAUGGUGUGUUUGUGGAGUCUGCGUUCGUACACCUUCAUGAGGAACCUGUCAGGAGGGACCAACAAGACCUUGUACCUGCUUUCGUCCUGUGACUUCUCUCCUGACGGGGCGCUGCUCGCCACCGCAGCUUUCAGGGGCUCCAGCUGGUGGAUCGACCUGUGGGACCCGUACACUGCAGAGAAACUGGCCACUCUGACUGAUUACUUUGAAGAUUACGGGCAAAACCAAAUCUCAGCGAUUCAGUUCUCCCCGAACGGUUUGCAUUUGGGGAUCGUGACUGACGACAGAGCUCUUCGGAUCUGGGAGCCGGGAAAAAGAGGGAUGGUGAUGCAGACAAAAGCAGACCGAAGCUCUAACGGACUCUGCUGCAAAUACCAUCCACAAGGAGGGGUAGUCGCCACGGGAACAAGAGACGGCCACGUGAGGUUCUGGGGCGCUCCGAGGACGGUGCCCAGCCUGCGCCACCUGUGCCGAUCCAUCCUGCGGGACUCGGUCUCCACGCACCAGAUGGAGCCGCUGCCCCUCCCAAAGAGGAUCCUCGAGUACCUCACCUACAGGAACAUCCCCGACCGCCUCAAAACCUGCUACUCCUCCGACGAAGAGGACUGGGAGGGUUAAAUAGGAACGCUAACACAAUGCAACCACUGACAUUUACAGCUAAUGAUUGUUCUGCAUUAUGUCUCAUCAUUAAAAAUAAUGCAUUUAUUGUUUGCUAAGAGAUGCUUCACACAUUUAUUUAGCACAGGGAGCAUAUCUCAUCAUCUAACUCCAACACUGAGGAUCUCAUUAUUUGCACUACUCCUAUAAGAUGCAUAAACUCAACACUCACAUGCUUGACUUGAAUAUCACAAUUUUAUACUCUUAAUUUAUUGUGUAAAUAUAGACUGUAAAUGUAUUUCUAAUUCCUGUGUUUCUCAUGAAGCAGCACAUGCAUCAUACUACUGAUCCUGCACACUGUAAUUGUUAAUAUAUGAUAACAAAAGCUGGACUUAUAGGAAAUAGUUUUAUUAAACAGAUACAAAAGUCA